CCUUGGUAUAUUUUUUGACAUAUACCGUCAACUUCAUUUCAGAGUGUUAAUGUAUAUAUGUAGAUAUUAUAAUAUAUAAAAAAUAUAAAUACAGAACAUGGAAUCAAGAUGGUACCUCUUUGCUGGCCAGACUCUGGAAAAUACUAAAAUAUCAGACAGGGUAAACGCUUUGCACAUAACAGACUCGGCAUGGAAGGGAAUUACGAAACAUUUAGAUAGAAAGAAAAUGCUUCAAGAGGCGCUUGAUAAAGAAAAAGCAGUAAAGCAAUAUCUGGAUGAAGGCUCUAAAAAUAUGACCGAAAAAUGGGAAAACUCCUUAGAAAACGUUCGUAAAAGAAAAGAAGAGGAGCGCCUGAAGAUGAUUGAACAGAAAAAAGAUGACAGAAUGCAAAAGUUCAUGGCGUUACGUAAAGAACAAGAAGCUAUUAGAAAACAAUACAGAGAUAAAGUUCAUAAACAGAUAUUCAUGAGCACAGGUUAUGCAAGAGCAUUAACAAGUGCACUGGUCACAUCUGAUGUUCUGUACGAGAGAGAAAAGCAAAUUGAGCUGCAAAAUAAGAUAAAACAACACGAAUUAGAUGAAAAUAAAAAAUAUGUGGAUAUUAUGAAAAAAGAAGUUGAAGCAGAGGCAAUUAAAAAAAUAGAAGAGCAGGAAAAAGAAGCUGAGAAACAAAGAAUAUACGGCAGUAACUUAAGGGAUAGUAUUAAGGAAAAGCUAGAAGUUGAAAGAGCUCUUAAAGAAACUACUGUUAGAGAAGAAGCUGAAGAUAAUAUCGAAGCAAUGAAAGAAUUAGAAAAAUUAGAUAAAAUAAUGGAACAAGAUAAAUUAAAGAAGAAAAGGGCAUUACUAACAGAAAAUCAGAAGAUUUUGAAGGAAGUUGAAGAAGGAAAAAGACAGCACGAAAGAGAAGAAAAGGAAUUAGACGAGGUUGUAAAAGUUUACCAAGUCGCCAAGCAUAGGAUCGAUUGCAUGAGAAAACAACGCGAAAAAGAAUUACGAGAUAGUGAGGUAGAACGACGCCAGAAAAUCGCUGCUUUGGUAAUGGCUGAGAGGGAGAAUAGAGAAGCUGUCGAAAACGAAAUUCUCCAAAAGGCAAUAGCGGAGAAGGAUGCGAUAGAGUUACAGAAAAUUAAAGAUAAAUUAGAGUUUCAAGAGAAAAUGAAACGAGAACGAUUAGAAAACCGUCAGGAAGUACUUCAACGAGAAGCAGAAAAGAGGCGUAAGGAUCUUGAAAUACAAAAAUGGGAAACGUUAAAUAGAUACAAAGCUCAAGAAUAUCAUAAGAUAUACGAAGAAAAGAGAAAAAGAGAACUUUGGGCAGAGAUAAUUCGAUAUCGUCAAACGUUAUUAGAACAAAUAGAAGAUAAUAAAUUGUGUCAACAAACGGAGAAGGAACUCGAUGAAAUGUUUAUUACAACGAAAACGAACCUCGAAGAUGACAAUACUAAGUUCUUUGAGUAUGCUAAGGAAGUUAUGGAGAUGGCACAGAAGAAAAAUAGAAGUAUUGUACCAAUUAACAGAGUUAUUGAAGAAUAUAUGAAAGCAAUGAGCAUUACAGUGAAUCCCUUAGAUGAAAGUAACCAAAAGCAAUCUGGUGACUUGUCUAAUAAUACAAAGUUAAAAAAUACAAAGAAAAUUACUAAAACAGCGAAAAAAAAGAUAUGCGGCUGUUCGAGUAAAUAAUAUUGUCUCAAUCAAUACAUAAAACAUAAAUAUAUGAUUUAGUCUAAACUGUACAAAAUUGAAUGCCUUUAUUAAAUUUAUUAUUC